CCCAGCCCAGCCCAGCACUGCAGGAAGCCAGGAUGGGAGUGCAGAGCCUGGCAGUGGCUUGCGGGACACUGGCCUUGUGCCUGGCACUCACCACAGCCACCAACCCCGGCUUUGUGGUGAGGAUCACCCAGGCAGGCUUGGACUACGCCCACGAGCAGGGGAUCGCAAUCCUGGAGAAGAAGCUGGCCCAGCUGAAGCUGUCAGACAUCUCGGGUGACUCUCGUGUCUUGCACGUGGGGAAGGUACACUAUGAGCUCUCCAGACUGCGCCUUCGUGAUUUUCAUUUGCCAAAAUCACAGAUUACCCCAAUCUCCAAUGUGGGCCUGCAAGUUUCCAUCUCCAACGCCUUUGCUGAGCUGUCUGGGGACUGGUGGGUGAAAUUUCUCUUUGUGUGAGUUCCCAGCUUUUCCUCUCCCUGUUCAGGCACCCACUCUGUGUCUCCCUCUCUGGAUCUGGACAGGUUUUUUCUUCUCUCGCUCUCCCUUGUGUUUUGGGCAGCUGUCACUUUGCUCACCCAGAUAUGAUGGAUAAAAUAGGGUGGGAAGCAGGAACAAAGCACAUGUUGGGGGUGCUGUAUAUGGACCCUCAGGUCUCUCUUCCACCACCCCUACUUGCCUUCACUCCCCUCUAUUUAAAGGUUAUCUCUCCUA